GGCGGUUCUGAGGCGCGUAAUCAGCCGGGCCGGAGUCGGCCGCGCUGAGGUGAGGCGAGGUGGGGGCGGAGGGCGAUGGCGGUGGCCGCGGCGGGAGCUUCCGCGGGGGUGAGGCUGGCGGCGGCGGCGGCACUACGGUGGUUUCCUCGCAGAUGGAGCUGAGCCGGCGCGGGUGAGCGAGCAGGCCGGCUGAAACCGACGGACGGAGCGGCUUUUCCCCUUCCCGACUACGGAGCCCCCCAAUGAGGCUCAGCCGCCAGCGUGCCGCCCAUUUCAGACGAGCAACGGUGAGUGGCAAGCCAUCAUAAAACAAUCACAACACAGGUAGUCCUGGAGUUAACGACCACAGUUGAACCCAACACUUCUGUUGUUGAUAAGUGGCUGCCGCUCCUGAGCUAAGCGUGAAAUGACCGCAACUCAGCCAUCCCGGCGCCCUGUUGUUUGCUUCACCAGCUUGCCCUGUGAACAGCACUGUCGCUUUAAUAAUUCCAUGUCAAGGGAUUGUUUUCAAUCCUCUUGGGUGUAAUACAAGAGGAUCAGAGGGAUGUUACAGACCAGAAGGUUGGGCGGAGAGUACACAAAUGAAAGUGAGGGCUGUGCGGGUAACCAACUGAAACUUCGGAGCAUGGUUGCUAGUAUCCAGAAGACCAGGAUGUCUGUCUAAUGGAGAAAAAAUCCUUGUGACCGCAUCAGGAAGGGGAGAAAAAAAAAUCUCUUUGAAUUGCCUCCAGCUUCCUUUGAAUUUUAUUUGGAUUAUUUAAGACGGGGUUGGGCGGUUUUGGACUGUGGAAUCCCGAGAUUGCCAAGGUUUUGGACUGUGUGCCUUAAUUGCAUUUUUUUUGACAUUCACUCAAACUUCUGAAUACAAUACAAAAACAAUCCUUUGUGGCUAGAAGAGGGAUUCUUAAGACACUUUUGUAAACGGAUGUGUGUUUUCUCCGAUAUAUUUUUAUAGCUUCAGAAAUACUUUACGGAUUUUGACAACUGCCUCGUGGCAGGAAUUCUCUACAGCUCCCCUCCCUGUCUUGCUCUUUUCCUGGUGAUGUUGGAAGUUUUUCACUUGAGGAAUUACGAGCAUUAUUGGAGGAAAAUGAAGCAAUAAGAGUCCUCUUUUUUAAACUGAACCAUUUUGAGUGGGACGGCAGACUUCUGACUUCCCAAGAUAAUUCCGGAAGGAACUCUACAGUAAAUAAAUUUGCAUCCAUCCAGCGCCAGAAGUUAACAGCAAGAAUGCCAGUGAAGAAGAAAGACACCGAUCGAGCUAUAGCACUUCUGGAAGAUUAUUGUAAGACGUUAAAAAAGCCAGAGGAGCAACAACUGAAAAAAGCCAUUAAGAAGGUGAUGGGCAUCUUUAAAAGCAGUUUGUUCCAGGCUUUGCUAGACAUUCAAGAAUUCUAUGAAGUGACACUACUGAACUCUCAGAAAAGUUGCCAGCAAAAGAUAGAAGAAGCUAAUCAGGUUGCAGAAAAGUGGGAAAAGACACCAUCUCCAGGAACGGAUAAUGAAAACCAGCACAAAACGUCAGAGACGGCAGUUUCAGAUCCGUCUGACAAAUCAGAGGCAGGUGGACAUCGGGAGAAGGGGAAACCAGAUCACUGUUCCACAGAGAACGUUGCAAAGCAGAGUCACACGAGAUGUCCUGCUCACAAAUGUUCAGUCGAAUCGCCUGGAUGGAUGCCUAUUCAACAUUCUGUGGUUUAUUUCAAGGUAGCUACAUGCCACCCUGUCUUUGAAAUUGUUUGUCUUCCACUAAAGUAUCAUUACCAAGAUGAGGAUGCUCCACAUGACCAUACUUUACCUCGUUUAACCCAUGAAAUGAGAGGUCCAGAAUUAGUCCACAUUUCUGAAAAGAACUUGUCGCAGAUAGAAAAUGUCCAUGGAUAUGUCCUACAGUCGCACAUCUCUCCUCUGAAGGCCAGCCCUGCUCCUAUUAUUGUCAAUACAGAUACGUUGGACACUAUCCCUUAUGUCAACGGUACAGAGAUUGAAUAUGAAUUUGAAGAAAUUACACUGGAAAGGGGCAAUUCUGGCCUGGGGUUCAGUAUUGCUGGAGGAACAGAUAACCCACAUAUCGGGGACGAUCCUGGAAUAUUUAUUACUAAGAUAAUACCAGGAGGAGCUGCCGCCGAGGAUGGAAGACUCAGAGUCAAUGACUGCAUUUUGCGGGUGAAUGAGGUGGAUGUAUCCGAAGUUUCCCACAGCAAAGCUGUUGAGGCGCUGAAGGAAGCCGGCUCCAUAGUACGACUGUAUGUCCGUCGGAGGAGACCUAUUCUGGAGACUGUGGUGGAAAUUAAACUGUACAAAGGACCAAAAGGUCUGGGAUUCAGCAUUGCCGGAGGCGUAGGAAAUCAGCACAUUCCUGGAGACAACAGCAUCUAUGUCACAAAAAUUAUUGAUGGUGGAGCGGCCCAAAAGGAUGGACGGUUGCAAGUAGGAGACAGGCUUCUUAUGGUAAAUAAUUACAGUUUAGAAGAAGUAACACACGAAGAAGCGGUAGCAAUAUUGAAGAAUACGUCGGAUGUAGUCUAUUUAAAAGUGGGGAAGCCAACCACCAUCUAUAUGACCGACCCCUAUGGCCCUCCAGAUAUUACUCAUCCUUAUUCCCCAUCAAUGGAAAACCACAUCCUGUCUCCAGGCAACAACGGCACUUUAGAAUACAAGACCUCUUUGGCCCCCAUCUCGCCUGGAAGAUACUCACCUAUCCCAAAGCACAUGCUAGUGGAAGAUGACUACCCCAGGCUUCCUGAACCCGUUUACAGCACUGUGAACAAAUACUGUGAUAAGCCACCUUCUCCUAGACAUUAUUCCCCUGUCGAGUGUGACAAAAGCUUCCUCCUUUCAGCUCCCUACCCCCACUACCACAUAGGCCUGCUCCCUGACUCUGAAAUCAUCAGUCAUUCCAGGCAUAGUUCUGUAACCCAGCCUCCCACCGUGAAUAUCCAGAGGACCAUGUCAAUAGAAGGGGAGCCUCGGAAAGUUGUCUUACAUAAGGGCUCGACAGGGCUUGGUUUUAACAUUGUAGGAGGAGAAGACAGGGAAGGCAUUUUUGUGUCCUUCAUCCUAGCAGGUGGACCAGCUGACCUCAGUGGUGAACUGCAGAGAGGAGAUCAAAUAUUGUCUGUCAACGGGAUUGAUCUUCGUGGUGCUACACAUGAGCAGGCGGCCGCAGCACUCAAAGGAGCAGGCCAGGUGGUGACCAUUAUAGCACAAUACCAGCCAGAAGGUAGGCUAGACCCGCCGGCUGAAAUACAAGUAUUUGCGGGGGGGGGGGUAUGUAUAGAAAGGUCAUCUUUUAAAUGCUGGACCUGUCUGUUUCAAUGUUAUCUCUGCCUUCCUCCUUCAUAUGGUAUGCUGACUUGAAAAGUUUUCCGGGAAGGAAUUAAGUAUUAAUGCAAGGCGAGGAAUUACUGCCUGUCGGUCAGGGAUCAUGUUUCAUAGGGUUUCAGUAAAUGAAUAGCCGAACCAAAUGUCGGACAGAGUUAUUUUUGAGAAUUAUUUUGUCUUUUUCUAUUCCUUUUCUGUUUGGUUGCCACAGUGAUUUCUUGUCACCUUUUCCGGAAAUCAGGAAUUAAACCCAGGGAAAAUACAAUAAUACAGGUAGCUCCCCUCCCCCCGGACUUUUGGCCACCUUUGAGCCCAAAAUUUCUGUCACUAAGCGAGACAUUUGUUAAGUAAG